UGAACUGGAAUUGGUCACAAUGACCGCCGAGGCGCCUCUACGGCGGGCAGGUCCCUUGUGCAGUCGAGGGCGCGCUCGCGGCCUCCGUCCCCGGCCAGGAUGUCUGUACUUAAUCAGAAGUCUGUGUUGGACAUGAUUAAAAAGUUCAGAAGGAAUUGGCACACUCUUUGUAACUCUGAGAGAACUACUGUAUGUGGUGCAGACUCCAUGCUCUUGGCAUUGCAGCUUGCUAUGGCAGAGAACAACAAACAGCUCAUUGGAGAGUUUACAGUUUCUCUCAGUGAUGUCUUAUUGACGUGGAAGUAUUUACUACAUGAGAAAUUGAAUAUAACAACUGAAAAUGUGGAAGUGAUGGACCAUUAUGAGGACAUUAGGAGGACUUACGAUGAUUUCUUAAAGAAUAGCAACAUGAUAGAUCUCAUUGAUAUCUACAACAAAUGUAGUGUUUUGACUUCUAGUUGUGAAAAUAGUACCAACAUAUCCCCAAGUCAGCUACUGGAUUUUCUGACUGGUAAGCAGUAUACAGUAGAUGAUAAAACUGAUGUUUAUAUGCCAGCAUCACCAGUGAGUGGACACAGUCAAGAUAACAAAAAGGUACAGUUACUAGCAAAGAAGAUUAUCUACUCAUACUUAAACCUACUUGUGAAUUCAAAAAAUGACCUGGCUCUGGCACAUAUUCUCAAUAUUCCUGAUAGAGGACUUGGAAUAGAAGCCUUCACCGAUUUGAAACAUGCGGCUCGAGAGAAACAAAUGUCUAUCUUUUUGGUGGCCACAUCAUUUAUUAGAACAAUAGAACUUGGAGGGAAAGGAUACGCACCAUCACCAUCUGAUCCUUUAAUGACACAUGUAAAAGGAUUGUCUAAUUUUAUUAACUUCAUUGACAAAUUAGAUGAAAUUCUUGGAGAAAUACCAAAUCCAAGCAUUGCAGGGGGCCAGCUACUCUCAGUGAUAAAAAUGCAAUUGAUUAAAGGCCAGAACAGCAGGGAUCCUUUUUAUAAAGCAGUAGAGGAAGUUGCUCAGGAUUUGGAUUUGAGGAUUAAAAAUAUUGUCAAUUCUCAACAAGAAGAUGUAGCUGUGAACACCACUGACAUCAGUCCUGCACGGCCAAAAUCUUAUGCCAUAAAUCACGGCACCGCAUACUGUGGCAGAGAUACUGUGAAAAUGUUACUAGUUCUUUUGGAUGAAGAAGCAGCCAGUGCUCCUACCAGUAACAAAGCAGAGCUUUUAUAUGGUGAUGAAAACACUAUUCAUCAUCAUGGAAUUUCUAUCCUUACACUUUUUAGAUCUCCCAUUCAAGUGAAAAAUUCACCAGUGAAACCCCUAAGAGAACGCAUCAAUAAAUCACUGUUGGAGAAUAAAAUUCAGAUGAAGCAGUCCUUAAUUAGAUCCCAGUUUGCUUGUACCUAUAAAGAUGACUUCAUGAUAAACAAGGAUAAAUGGGAUUAUGUUGAUUCAACAUCAAACUGUGUACGUGUUCUUCACAUGGAAAAUGACCUUUCUGAUGGUGUAAAUUCCUCUGUUGAAAGAUCAACAAUUGGAACAAGUUCUGGAAAUGUUCAUCUGGACAGAAGUAAAAAUAAAAAAGUAGCAAGAAAAUCAAGUAGUCAUACAGGAAAUAAAAGCUCAAAAAGGAAACAGGUGGAUUUGGAUGAUGAAAAUAUUCUGGGUGAUAAUGAAUGUGAAUCACUACCUCAACAUAAAAAUGCUACGAUACCUAAGACAUCAAACAAUUUGCAGAAUAAAUUGGAUGUCAAAGUAGCCAAAGUGACAAAAAGCAACAAGUGUUCUGCCAAGAACAAAUUGAUAACUGGCCAGACAAAGUUAACACAGUUUUUUAGACUAUGAAUUUGGCAUUUUAUGUGCUUUAGGUUUAUAUACAUAUUAUGUAUAUAUAAAUAAAACCAUUCACCAAAGAGACUUAGUUUUUAAGAGAUCAAAGUAUAAAUUAUGAUACUUUAUCAUUUUGGCCUGGAGUAUGUGUAAGGUUAGCAUGUUAGGCUUUGUUUAAAAAGAAAACUAGUAAGUCGUAUUUAUGCAGAAUAUUCACAAAGUUUAAUGCACAGGUAAAGCAUAUCAUUUAAGUUAAUGGCAUAUUUUAAUACUACUUCUUUUGAGAACAGACAUUUUAAAAUAAUACAAGUCAUAGUAACAUUAAGGGCUUUUUCCCCCACAGACAAUUAAAUGAUUUUGUUUUCUUCUGGAAAGAUGUAGUGGACCAGCAGGUAUCAGACUUGCCAACAUGGUCGAUAGACUCUUCCCAGCAUGCACCUGAGCACUGAUAAGAAAAAAGAGUUUAAAUUGUUUAAAGGAAUAUUAUUAUCAUACAUAUUUGCAAGAUAUAAAAGGAUGGCUUUAAUAUAAUUCUGAGUGAUUAAAGUUGCAAUAACUCAUUAAAUGCUUUUUAAUCCCACAUCUUUGGCAGGGGUCACUUAAUAUUAAAUGUAACUGAACCAUGGUCUUAUUUGAUUUUGUUAUGAUUGGAUCCAAAUUCAGUUAAACUCAGAGUUCUGUUUUAUGGUAUUAAGAUAGAAGAAUUAAAUUUUAAAAGACUACUCACUGUCAAAAUCUCUCCUUCCUAUGGGAAAUUUAGCUGAGUUUUCUUCAUCCCCAAUUUCUCUCUUUUCUUGUGUUGAUUCAAUAUUCUGAACUCCAUUUUCAGCUGGAAAAACUACAGAUCCUUUUAGUGCAGGGUAAGGUUUUAUAGCCAGAUUCAGUGGUAGACCAUGAUUUAAGAAAUUAUGUUUGGCACCUGCAUUCUGUAAAGAAAAGGUUGAUUUGUGUUUAACUGUCUUAUUGGGAAUGGAACUAUGAUACAAUUGUGUAAUACUUUCAUUGAUCAAUUCAAAAAUGCUCUGCGCUGUUUUUAUUCUAAAUAUACCUUAGAAUACAAUUUUGGGGGGAGACAAACCCAUUUGGAGAAAGAGAUGUUGUCCAGGAUGGAAAAAUAGCCUGUUAUAUAUGAAAUUUAAUCAUUUAAUUAUCCUAAUGUAUAUUGUGACUAUUUGCCCAUAUUCUGUGAAGUAUUAAUUUUACUUUUAAAACAUUCAUUAAAACCAUUUAAAUUUCCAUUGAAAUAAAGGACAAGUCACAAUGUCACUUACCUUUGAGUUUUUGUUCUCCUCAUCAUUCAUGAAGCUGGUCUCAUCAUUUCUAUAUUGUUCCAGGGAAGGAGCAAUGACUGAUUUUUCUGCAGCAUCUACCUUCUGAAAGGCUUUCCCCAGCCUAAAUGUAUUGAAUACCAUGUCAUCUUCUAAAUUUCUUAUGGACUUGGAUGCUGAAAGUAAAAUGCCUUGAGAAAGCAGAGAAAAAGUUAGUAUUAAUAUAUAGAAAG